UUGACACUUGUCAUUUGUGUUUGCGAUUUCACGUUAGAUUUUUAUCAACCUUAUUUCCUUGACUGCUAGUCUAGUUUGGACUAAAGUAUCGGUAAAAGAUUUUCCAAUUUCCUGUAUUAACAACAAAUAAUGGGAAUGAAAAAACCUGUAUGUAUCGAAUUAAAACGUAUUUAAUCCGACACUAAGUAAUUCAUUUUAGUGCGUAAAUCUUUUGGACUUCUUUAAGGUUAAGCGCAGAGAUCCACCAUGGAGGACUCAACAAAAUAUCAGCAGAUGCAAGAUGAAAUGUCUCGGUUUGAGGCGGAGAUAUCAGGUGGAGAUCCCAUUAAUCCCGGAAUGAGGACAGUAAUUGGUGCUGGUACAUUUGAUGCGGUGCAACAACGGCUGGAGCGGGGUCCAAUGCCUUCAAUCUCACAGCCCAUGAUGCAGCCCUACGAGCCUAGUCUGAUCUAUCCCACGGUACCCCCACCACCACCACCACCAUCCAUCAUGGUACCUGCACAGGUCCAAAGACUCAGGCCACCGGCAUCAUCGGAUUCAUUCCCACCUCCGAUGCCAUACCUAAGACCAGGUCUGCCCGGGCCGCAGUUGAUUCCGCCGCCGCCGCCCAAACCACAGCCCGUGGUGCUCUCUGCUGCACCAAAACUGUACAAACAACCCAAAGAAGAUGAAGACAAGAAAGAGAAACAUGAGAGUAGAAAACGGAAGCGUUCGAAAGAGCGCACCCCUCCGCCCGCGCCUGCGCCGGAGCCCACGCCGCCUCCGCCGCCGCCCGCGCCCGUUAUCGCCGUUCCUGAAGCAGUUACCGCUAAACCCAAGAAAGAAAAAAAGAAUCGAAAGGUGGUAAGGACAGCUGGGGGUCAGGUGUGGGAAGAUGUGACACUGCUGGACUGGCCUGAUGAUGAUUUCAGAAUGUUCUGCGGAGACCUCGGCAAUGACGUCACUGACGAAUUACUUACUAGAACAUUCAGCAAAUACAGUUCUUUCCAAAGAGCAAAAGUGAUAAGGGACAAGCGCACGAAUAAAAGCAAAGGAUUCGGCUUCGUUAGCUUCAAGGAUCCCGGGGACUUCAUUAAGGCGAUGAAGGAAAUGGACGGCCGGUAUGUAGGCAGUCGUCCAAUCAAGUUAAGGAAAAGCACAUGGAAGAACCGUUCGUUAGAUGUAGUAAGAAAGAAGGAGAAAGAGAAAGCCGCCUUACUCUCUCUACUGAUGUCAGGGAAUAAGAGUUGACGAGAAUAAACAUUAUUUAUAAUAAUUUUAGCAUUAAAAUGAAGUAAAUAAACUUUCAUUGACUUCCAAAAUUCAAAAAUGAUGAAUUUCAAAAAUGAUGUAUUCUGGUACUGGGAUCAAAAAUCAAUUAAUUAAAUUCGUGUCUGAAUGUAGCAGUAAGUAUACAUUUUAAUAGUUUUUACCCCUAGUAUAAUAGUAAUGUGUAUAAAUUGCUGUGCCACUUGCAUAAUAUUAUACUAUUUUACUAUUACUAUUACAGUUAUAGGUUGGGGUCUUUAACAGGGAUCUCUUUUGUGUUUGAACUUUGAAAUGUUGUUAAUACUCGGCAUUUUGUUUUUAAUUCAUAUUGAUAAUGUUUCAACAAUUAGUAAAAAAUGUAUAUUUUGAUGCAUAAAAUGUAUACUUCCGCAUCUGUUUCUUAGGUCUACUUCGAAAAACGAACGACGAACUUCGGAUUUAAAUCUUCUACUAAAUAACUUCUGAUCCUUCACCGUUCUGUAGCUUACCUUAGUGGUAGGAUCAAUUUUGCGUAUAUUUUUUUUUUUGAAGUAAGCAGUGGAACUUUAUCCUCGCAAUGGUUUUAAAAAGGGAUGGUAUAAGUUCUUACAAAUUCCAUGUCUGAAAUAUUGCGAUGAACUUAUCGGAUCCGUCGGUGAAUCCGUCAUCGGAUUCGUAACUCUUCGUAGUAACAAAAGUGCGAUCCGUCAUCCGAAACUACGGAUUUCAUUUUUUGAGGUAGACCCCCUGUUUCCGCCAAGAUUUAUUUUAGACACCAGUUUCUAUCUCCGUUAUAUCGCUUCCGUUGCAUCACUAAUAAAUACAUUUACUUCCACUAUUGUUGAUGUUGUAUCCAUUAUCCAUACUUUAAUAUUGACUAUGGGUUGGAUUCUUUCUGCACUACACAGUCCAUUUGUGUUUUCUUCUAUAGUCUUAAAUAUCUUAGCAAUAGUAAUUGUAAAUAUAAGGAGACAUUCAAAUAAAAAGCAUGAAUUACAAAAAAUAUUUUAUUGGGUGUUAAAUUAAUUAAUGGUAAGACAUUCUUUGGCUUAACUCCUUAAAUAAAUGUGUACUUUUCCGUUA